CUUCGCCUUCGCCAUGGGACGAGAAUCUCCAAAAGAAACAAACGGUGAAAAUGGGAGGGCAGCAAAACGCUUGCGCGUGGAGACUGAGGAUGUGGAGUCUGUAUUUCGGGAAGGUUUGCUGGCGGACUCCACUCAGUCUGAUCUAGCGGGCAAGUUUCGUACUUCGAAACCGUAUUUGCACUGUGUUAUCGAUCACCUGUGCGAAGAUGGACUGCUGAGAAAGGUCCGGGAUGAAAUCAUGUCCGCAUUACAUUUCACGGAGAAGGAAACGGACAUUUACAAGGUACAUCAAACCGGUGACCUGGCCAACAUGGAUGGGCUUCCAAAAGAAGAGCUUGCUCAGCUCUCGUCCCUUUUCAAACUACGCAAUGCGCUGUAUUCCUCUGAGUUUCGCAAGUUCAUCGGCGAUGUCACCGGAUGCGGGCAUCUUUCCGGCUCAAAAACGGAUAUGAGCAUCAACACGUACUUGAAUGGGUGUCAUCUGUUGAAUCAUGACGACGUGAUUGGUACCCGACGAGUGUCAUACAUUCUCUAUUUGCCUGAUCCAGACGAAUACUGGGAUCCCGCGUAUGGAGGAGCACUAGAGCUGUAUCCGGUGCUGACCAAGGGUACCCCAGCCGUCAAUCCGAGUGUCUCUAUUCCACCGAAAUGGAACCAGUUUGUGAUGUUUACAGUGCAGCCAGGACAUUCAUUUCACUCCGUGGAGGAGGUGGUAGUGGAUAAGGCAAGAUUGAGCAUAUCGGGAUGGUUCCAUGUUCCACAGGAAGGGGAGCCGGGAUAUUUGGAAACUCCUGAAAACGGCGAGGCGCCCUCCUCUUUAGAGCAACUACAGGCUGGCGCCUCUGCUCCAUUCACCCCGUUUUCGGAAACUGUGGAUCCAGAGGAAUUGGAAGGCCUAUCGGAAGAGGACAUUGUUACAUUAGGGCGGUGGAUAAAUCCUCGGUAUUUGGAUAUAAGGGUGCUUGAGCAAGUGUCAGAGCGAUUUUUGGAGGACUCUUCUCUUCAGUUGGUCGACUUUCUUCAUAAGGAUCUGGUGGAGCAGAUUAAGCAGGCCACUGAGAAGGCGGAUGAGGAAUGUGGUUUACUUUCUCCAAAGCUGCCGAAACAUGGUACUGGGGAGCAUGGGUUAUGGAAAGUGGCUGGGCCGCCGCAUAAGUUUCGGUACGCGAUGCUGGAUGCCGCGCAUACCGCUAAAGGUUCUGAUGAUGCGACGUCGACUUUAUUCGCGGAAUUGGUAAAGGAGAUGUUCCCAAGUCCAGCCUUCAGGCGCUGGCUUGCCUUGGUCACUCAGCUGAUACCGCAAUCCUAUCGCGGAAUCGCCCGGCGUUUCCGUCCAGGAUUGGAUUAUACUUUGGCUUGGAGUAGUCCUUCUCAGCUACUAGAUGCAACACUAUGUUUUGCUACUAGAAAAAAGGCGGAGGAUGGCGCUGCAUGGGAGGGCGAUGAAUUGGGAGGUUACGAAUGCUAUAUGGCACCGCACGAAGGCGACGAGGAUCCGGCGGUGUAUCGCCAAAUGGACGAGGAUGGUGCAUUAUUGACUGUUUCAGCUGGUUGGAACGUACUGACCCUGGUCAUGAGGGAUGAAGGGCUGAUGAAGUUUAUAAAGUACAUUAGUGCCCGGGCACCAGGUUCGCGAUGGGAUGUUGCUUUUGAAUAUGAGCUGCCGAAUGAGGAGGAUGAAGGGGACCAAUCAUCAUAAUUGUAUAUAAAGCACGAAAAACACACUUGCUGCCCCUAGAGUUUAUUUCGUAUGUACGGAAUCAUUCCACGUAUCAGCAUCUCAACAUCGAUCU